UGGGAAAAGAAGAGAAUCCAGUUUCAGACCAGCUACAACAACCUGACUGAAGAAAAUGAACAGUUACAGAACAGUUACAACAACCUGACGGAAGAAAACAACCAGCUUCAAAAACAAAUUCAUCAUCACUUCAAAGAGAGAGUGCGUGAGACUUCACAGCAGAGGUCCCUGACUGAGGAGAGAGAUAUGUUGAGGAAGAAGCUGGAUGACUUCAUUUAUUAUUCCCAACAUGAAUGGGUCUAUUUCAGCGGUAGUUUCUAUUAUAUCUCUUCCAUCAUGAAAACCUGGCAACAAAGUAGAGAAGACUGUCAGCAGAAGAAGGCGGACCUGAUUAUUAUCAACAGCAAGGAAGAACAGGAUUUCUGUAAAAAGUUCCAAAAGGCCAUGUGGAUUGGACUGACAGAAACAGAGGGAGUGUGGAAAUGGGUGGAUGGGACUGGGCUGAUCACAAGCUUCUGGGGCCCCAAUGAGCCCAACAAUUAUAAAGGCAGAAAUGAAGACUGUGCAGUCACUGGGUACCAUAGUGGAGAAACAAGCUGGAAUGACGGACUGUGCGAAACACAAAACUUCUGGAUCUGUGAAAAGACAAUGUCUUUAUAGGUGAAGAUACAAAACGUUCACAGUUUGUGCUGUACAGACAUCAAUCUAAACUGUAUUUAGUGUUUCAAAGACUAAAACAUGGUCUGACACUGUUCUUUCUUGUAUGUCUGCCUACAGCAGAUGAAAUGUCUGUAAUUGAGCAUACUGUAUGAUGCAUUCCGUGAUAUAGUUCUAACUAAAAAGUACAUGCUACUGAGUGUUAAUCAUUUUCUCAGCACUUGUUCUAUUGAGUCUUAGUCUGCACGACCUCUCUAAACUGCAGCUGUCUGGAGUGAGCAGAAAUGGAUCAUCGCUAACAACCACAUCAUAAAGAUGUAUUUAUGAGAAAACACUGACACAUUCUGAUUAAGGCUUUCAGUACGGACAGACGGCACGACAGAGAUACUGUAACAGAGAUAGACAGCACAUAGGUGCAGUGCAAAUGUGACAGAGUUUAAUGUUGAUUCCACUUGUUGUUGGCCCAAGGGCGCCCUCUCUCUCUGGUGUGUGGUGGAAAUUUCCCAUAAAGAAGCAGAUGUGAAAGUUAUCUUUUGUAUGAUUUAUUAUAAAAAUAAAGGAUAAUAAAAAUAAUGGGGAAAGCAAAUCAAAAACAUGGAUGUUGAUCGUGCACAUCAACAAACCAAAAACCAGCUGGGGAGAUCAGUGCACACACCACGAAGGUGUGAUUCAAAUAACUCGAAAUCCUCAGGUUGUCUCUGCCUUUUAACCCCUUUCUCUGGCUCUGGUGGAAUGUCUCUCUGCACCAAUAAAAAUUUUUUUGCCACCUUA